UACUGGGAGGUCGAGUGGAGAGGAGACGUUUUUAUAUCAGAGGAAGAGAUGGAGACUAUGAAGACUCUGCUGAAGGUUUAUCUGCUGCUGCUGAUCGGACCUCCCUUCACUCUGGAACAAUCAGUGGUCCAGUACAUCACCGAGCUCCAGGUGUCUCUGGAUGAAGCUGAAGAGACGUAUCUUAGCAGUCAAGGUUUCAUCAAAAUCGAUGUUGAUCUGAACAAAGGAGCUGAAGGAAAAUACAUCUACCUUUGGUACAAAAAAGGCAGCAGCUCACCAAUCACCAGGAUUCAGCUUACAUUCAAUGAUGGCAUGAGCAGGGGUCUGAUCACUGCAGGUUACCAGAAGAUUAACAAGAACCUCAAUGCCGGAACAAGCGGAGACAACAUCUACCUGUGGUACUACAGAGGUAACUCAGAGUACGAUGUUCCCAUUGUGAACCUUCAUGUCUCUAUAGAAGCAAGAGAGGAAGCCCAGAUGUUUGCAUUUGGAUGGGAGAGACUGGCCUGUGAUCUGAACCGGAAAGCUAGAGGAAAAUGGAUCUACCUGUGGGUGAAGGGAGAGAGACCGACCUACAUCUGUGACAUCACUGCCAAUGCUGACUAUGAUGGAGAUGCUGACUACUUCCAGAACGGCUACAUCAGAGUGGAUGAAGAUACCAACAGAGGUGCAGGAGGAUCCUUUGUCUUCAUCUGGUACCGUCAGACCACUAACUCUCAAAGAGCCAUCACAGAUCUGAAGAUCGCCACUGAUGAUAUAGACGAGAUAUUGUUUCAGUAUAUGGGCUUUACAAGGGUAACUACUGAUCUAAGCAAGGGGGCAGGAGGAAGUUACGUGUACCUGUGGUACAAGAAAGACUCCGGUCUUCCCGUUCGGGCGGUCUCUGUGAUCGUCAACACAGCAGCUGUGGAGCAGUACAGAUAUCCCAGGGUCUUCAUUAGACAAAAAAACCUCAACAGUGGGAACAAAGGUAAUACGCUGUACCUGACCUUCAGUUCGUUUUAG